GCGCAGGGCAGGGCGCGAGCCGGCCUCGGAGCCCCGGCCUCGGACCGCCCCCUCCGCGCCCGGCACGCCCGGCGCCGCCUUCCGGCCCCGCGUCCCCGGCCCGGCCCCGUCCCGGUCCCCGGCCCGUCCCCCGCCCGGCCCCGGCCAGUGUGCUUCGCGGCGCGGGCGGCCCCGGAGGCUCGCGGUAACAAGUGGGCGAGGAUGCCGUACGAGAUCAAGAAGGUGUUCGCCAGCCUCCCGCAGGUGGAGAGGGGCGUCUCCAAAAUCCUCGGCGGCGACCCCAAGGGCAACAAUUUCCUUUACACCAACGGAAAGUGCGUCAUCCUGAGGAACAUCGACAACCCAGCCCUUGCUGACAUCUACACGGAGCAUGCCCAUCAGGUGGUGGUGGCCAAGUAUGCACCCAGCGGGUUCUACAUCGCCUCUGGAGAUGUAUCUGGAAAGCUGAGGAUCUGGGAUACCACGCAGAAGGAGCACCUCUUAAAGUAUGAGUAUCAGCCUUUUGCUGGGAAGAUCAAGGACAUUGCUUGGACAGAAGACAGUAAGAGGAUCGCAGUGGUCGGGGAAGGAAGGGAGAAGUUUGGAGCCGUCUUCCUAUGGGACAGUGGCUCUUCUGUGGGCGAGAUCACAGGACACAACAAGGUCAUCAAUAGCGUGGACAUCAAGCAGAGCAGACCGUAUCGGCUGGCCACGGGCAGUGAUGAUAACUGUGCCGCGUUCUUUGAGGGGCCACCAUUCAAGUUCAAGUUUACAAUCGGCGACCACAACCGCUUUGUCAACUGUGUGCGAUUCUCUCCUGAUGGGAACAGAUUUGCCACGGCCAGUGCAGAUGGCCAGAUCUACAUCUACGACGGAAAGACAGGAGAGAAAGUGUGUGCCCUGGGAGGAGACAAGGCUCAUGAUGGAGGCAUUUACGCUAUCAGUUGGAGCCCUGAUAGCACCCAUUUGCUCUCUGCUUCCGGAGACAAAACCUCUAAGAUCUGGGACGUCAAUGUGAACUCUGUCGUCAAUACGUUUACAAUGGGCUCCACCGUUCUGGACCAGCAGCUGGGCUGCUUGUGGCAGAAGGACCACCUCCUCAGCAUCUCCCUGUCUGGGUACAUCAAUUACCUGGACAAGAACAACCCCAGCAAGCCCCUGCGGGUCAUUAAGGGUCACAGCAAAUCCAUCCAGUGUCUGACGGUGCAUAAAAACGGCGGCAAGUCCUAUAUCUACUCCGGGAGCCACGAUGGACACAUUAAUUACUGGGAUUCAGAGACAGGGGAGAAUGACUCCUUUGCUGGGAAGGGCCACACGAACCAGGUGUCCAGGAUGACGGUGGACGAAUCUGGGCAGCUGGUGAGCUGCAGCAUGGAUGACACAGUGCGGUACACCAACCUCACGCUGAGGGACUACAGUGGUCAGGGAGUUGUGAAGAUGGACAUGCAACCAAAGUGCGUGGCUGUCGGCCCUGGAGGCUAUGCUGUAGUCGUGUGCAUCGGGCAGAUCGUCCUGCUCAAGGAUCAGAAGAAGUGCUUCAGCAUCGACAACCCAGGCUACGAGCCCGAAGUUGUAGCAGUGCACCCCAGCGGUGACAUGGUGGCUGUCGGGGGCACGGACGGGAAUGUCCGCUUGUACUCCAUUCUGGGCACCACGCUGAAGGACGAAGGCCGGGUCCUGGAGGCCAAGGGCCCUGUGACCGACGUGGCGUAUUCCCACGAUGGCGCCUUUCUCGCCGUGUGUGAUGCCAGCAAGGUGGUCACGGUGUUCAGUGUUGCCGACGGCUACUCGGAGAACAACGUUUUUUAUGGACACCACGCGAAGAUCGUCUGCCUGGCCUGGUCACCGGACAACGAGCACUUUGCUUCCGGUGGCAUGGACAUGAUGGUGUACGUCUGGACCCUGAGUGACCCCGAGACCAGGGUCAAGAUCCAAGAUGCGCACCGGCUCCACCACGUCAGCAGCCUGGCCUGGCUGGAUGAGCACACGCUGGUCACGACCUCCCAUGAUGCCUCCGUCAAAGAAUGGACAAUCAGCUACUGAGGAGCCCCCUCCUUUGGACAGACCGAAUCAGGGACUAGAGCUUAACCGCAGCAGAACACGUCAUUUCUCUAAAUAUUUCUGUAAUGCGCCCCCAUGCCCCCCACCCGCUCAGGAGGGAGGGCCUUCACUCGAGUGCCCUCAUCUCUCUGCAGGGUGUUCCUAUCUGUACACGUCCUUCUGAAAGCUUUAGACAGUGACAGUUUGCACAUGAAAAAUAAAACAAGCACUUAAACAA